CUUAUUUCAGAGGAUGAGGUCUUUGAUGUUAUCACGUUAUAGGAUCUACACGCAGACAAAUUACUUCACAACUUAUCAGCCUUCCUAUGAGCAUAACCCAUAUAAGAAAUAGGAAGAAUUUUCCAUCAACAUCCAGAAUUGCUACUGCAAGAGGUAGCUGUGUUUAGUAACAUGGGAAAGAGCUGUAAGGUGGUUUUGUGUGGCCAGCAGUCUGUGGGGAAGACUGCCAUUCUCGAGCAGCUUUUGUACGGUAACCAUGUGGCUGGCUCAGACACAAUGGAGACCCAGGAGGAUAUCUACAUUGGUUCGGUGGAAACAGAUCGUGGUGUAAGGGAACAGGUUCGCUUUUAUGAUACCCGUGGGCUGAGGGAUGGUAUCGAGCUUCCCAAACAUUGCUUCUCUGGAACUGAUGGAUUUGUGCUUGUGUACAGCGUGGACAACAAGGACUCAUUCAAACGGCUGGAAGCCCUUAAAAAAGAAAUAGAUAGGUCCAAGGAUAAGAAAGAGGUUACUAUUGUGGUUCUUGGAAACAAGUGUGACCUCCAGGAGCAACGGCGAGUGGACCACGAUUCUGCCCAGCAGUGGGCCAAAGGAGAGAAGGUGAAACUAUGGGAGGUGUCUGUGACUGAACGGCGAACACUGAUCGAACCUUUUAUCUUCCUGGUCAGCAAAAUGACACAGCCCCAGAACAAGUCAGCAUUUCCUCUGAGUCGGCGGAACAAAGGCAGUGGCUCUCUAGACAGUUAGUCCCAACAAGACCUCCAGAGUGCUAUCUUCUAUCUAUAAGGGGAUGUUACACUAAGGGUUAAACAUAUAUUCACAGCAUGCAGCACUCACCCACAUAACACCUCCUGGCUUAUCUCUCCCCUGAGGAAUAAGCUGUGCCAGUUAUAGUAGUAUGGCAGUGCAAAGAACUCAUUCCAGUUUACCGUCUCCAUUAUACAAGGUAAGCAUGAAAGCUACAAUAGCGCAUCAAGACUUUGCACCAACAGCUCUUACUGAUGCUAAAAUCUCAGUAGGAAGAAAGUGAACGUGAAAAUUUAUCUGUCACGAAAAAGUAGCAACAGGAACAGAAAAAUAAAAAUAUAUUUUAAAAGAA